AUGGGAUGCUGCGAAGGCAGAGGAGGUACCAAAUAUUCAGAUGAUUCUAAUAAGAUGCAAGCUGUCCAAGAGGCUAAACCCAUGAAAAAAGUCCCUGAAGAAGCCAAAAGAAUAGAAAUAAACUCAGAUGCAUCAGAACCUGAAAAUAAUCAUGGAAAUAUCCCUGCAAAGCCUCUUGAUGAAAAAGGGGAAAACAAUACUGGCCAAAAUAACAAAGAAAAAAUCAAAAGUAAAACAGAGUGAAAAAUAGAUAAAGAAAACAGCAAAGAGCCAAAGGUCAGUGACACCGAAAAGAACUUGGAUAAUGGAGAAGCUGCUAAUAAAAAAGAUAUUGAGGAAGUGGAAUUUGUAAAGAAGGCUGAAGAAAAAGAAAUGGAAACAGAAAAUAUAAGCCAAAACGAAAUAGUGGUAAAUUUUGGCUUUGAUUCUUCUAACAUUAUCCCAAGCGACUAUAGUCCUCAAUUGCUUCCAGAAAAAAAUAGUGAACCUCUUACCGAAAAAGAACUAAACUCCCCCCCCCCCCUCCGUGAGCGAACAAAAAAAUUUUGUUCGCUCACGGAGGGGGGUUAAUUUUUUUUUUUAAAAAAAUUUAUAUAUAAAUUUUAUAAAAAAUAUUUUUUUCGAAAUUUAAAAAAAUCCUAAUUUGCAAAAAUUGGGAAGCAAAUAUUAAUUUAAUUUGCAAAAUUUAUGUUUUAAAACGCAAUUUGUUUAAAAUUAAACAGAAUUAGCUCUAGAUUUCAUUAUACUAAUUAUCACUUAUAUAUCAAAAUUUUUUUCCAUUAAAAUUUUUUUCUAUUAAAAAAAUUUUUGUUCACUCACGGAGGGUGGGUUUUUGGUCAAAAAAUGGCGAUUUUUCUAAUGGUUUUGUUCGCUCACGGAGGGGGGGGGGGGGAGUAAAAGAAAUUUUGGAAAAUAUUAAAGGAGACCUCUAUAAAGACCAAGAAAACAAAGAAAAAAUUACCCCUGAAUUAAUUAAGCAGCUAUUAGAAUCACUAAAAAGCAAUGAUCCUGCAAUUAUUGAGCUUGCACUUCAGGACUUAUUGGGAUUAUUUAAAAUUCCAAUACAAUAUAAAGAUGCUGAAGCUUUAUAUGAAGAUGAUGCUUUAUAUGUUUUAAAUAUACCUGUUUGCCAAGAAUAGCCCAUUAAGGAGCAUUUUUUGGUUCGCCAUUCUUAAAUUUGGCUAGCCAGGAAAUAUGGGAUGCCAUUGUCUGGCCAACCAAAAAAUGCUUCUUAGUGGGCUAUUCUUGGUAAAUAAGUAUAGCCUACUUCAAGACCCUGUCGAACUUUUAAGAUACUUGGCUUCUAAACUUGUAAGAGCAAUGCUGAAAGAUAAGACAAUUGAAAUGGAAAUGAUUAAAAAUUAUCAAAAAGGCGCUAUAAUUAACUCUAUUAUACAAGCGAACCCAGGCUUCACGCAGCCAAAACACUUAAAAAGCAACCUUCACACUUUAUAUCAUUUUUUAUAUGAUGCAGACCAUAAUAUUAUUUUCAGUAACCAAGAAUUGCUGUUUUUCAAUAACUUGAUUCAUUUAUUGACCCAAACUCAGCUGGUGAUUUUUAUUUAGAAAUUCAAUGAAAUGUCUAAAAAUAAAGAUUGGGAUCUGUAUAGCAAAAAAAUAUUAAAAUUAUACUAGAAGUAGCUAAUAUCAAAAAAAUUUUGUAGCAAUAAUACAUAGCGCCUAAGGCUUCAUUUUUAAAGGUAUAAUUGAAGAUUUAAAAAAUGAUGCAAAGCUAGAUCUAGUAGAAAGAAAAAGCUUGGGAAGUCCAAGGCUUUCUUCAUAUUCAUCAGAAACUGAGUAAAGAUUAUUUAGUACUGUUUUUGCUACAAACAUUUCGAAGUACACAUUAGAAGAGCUUAUUGCAGAGCUUAACACCCCAAGAAGAAUUAAAGCUAUUUUGCUAAAUGAUACAUGGGCAGAAGCUCCUACAACUGUUGGAUCCCUUUCAGCUGCGAGGAUGGCAGAAUUAUUUGCAGAUAAAAUUUUAGAUAAUCCUGAAGUAAAAUAAUUUGAUUUAAUUCAUAUAAUUAACUUAAGAAUCUAGCCCAAUUUAAUUGCUUUUAAGGUAAAAUUUUUACAGUAUUUAUAGUUUAUUGAAAUAAAAUCAGAAUAAUUUCUCUAGUAAUUCGAACAAAUGCUGUUGGAAAAUUAAGAGAAAACUUGAAAAGCAGACUAAGAGACAAAAGAGAAUCAGCCCUUAUCUGUCUCUCACAUAUGAUUCAGCCAGAGUACCCAGAAAUAUGUGAUGAAUUUAUGUCUGAUGAAGGUUUAGCACUAAUAUAUUUCCAAUUAAUCUGAAUGAAAUAAUUUAUUUCCUCUAUAUAUAUAUCAAGCUAAAUGCAUUCAUUCUAUUAAAAUAAGUAUACACCUUUAUGCAAGACAAUAAAGAAGGUAUGAGAGUGGCUUCAAUUGACGUACUCAGAGGCUACUAUUUUAAUCGCCCAUCAGCAAUCCAAAGAGUUGUAAAAUCUGGUCUUGAUUUUACUGGAGGAAUGAUAACUAUUUUACUUGGCCUAAGCACUCCAAGUUACGUUAACGCCAUGCUGAUGAAUAUAAGAGACAUGUUUGUUGAUGAAGAAGGAGACAUUGAUGAGGAAGUCCUUGCUUUAUGGAAAAAUGAAGGAUUACUAUAUGCUCUUUCACAAAUUGAUAUUGAAAGACUAAAGGCACAUCCUGAGUUCCUUGAAUAUGAACAACAGAUAUAUGAUUAUAUCAAUACUAUGAAAGAAGAGCUUGAGGCUGAAAAUGAAGAAUUAUUUGAAGAUUAA